CCCGGCGAAGGCCCCCCCUCCCGGUGACGUAAGAGGGGUCCUCGGCGUGUUCCUGUGACAUUGUACCGCAGUGAAGGAAUCCGUGCGCACGUAGGAGACAGCAGCGGCCGCCAUCAUGAUCCGUACUAUGCUCACCCAUGCCCGGAAACACCCCAGUCUGAUCCCCCUGUUCGUGUUUGUGGGGUGCGGUGGUGUCGGUUCCAUCCUUUACGCUUUAAGACACACAAUGACCAGCCCAGAAGUCGUCUGGGACAAGAAGAACAACCCUGACCCCUGGGCCAAGAAUAGCCCCAACUACCAGUACAAGCUCUACAAUGAGACGAUCGACUACAAGAAUCUGAAGAAGGAGGGUCCCGACUAUUAAGAAGCCUCCGCCCGUCCUCAUUCGCUUCCAGAAGCCGCCAUCGUUCUGUCCAGGAAUCUCUAUUUAAUCAGAUCAGGCCCCCGUCGCGGCGCUCGCUCAGCUUGUUCUGUCAUUGUGUUCUAGUUUGAGCUUUAAUCACAUUAGCGCGGUGUGAAGUGGCGUCUGCUCGUGAUGAAGCGCAGCGCUCGCUCCAGCUGGUGACUGCCAGACUUACUGUACAAUACACUGAUUUAUACCUGA